CUCUCAACCCUCUCAACACCAUCUGAUGCUUCGUCCUUCGUUGUCUCGCAUCAUUUCAUCUCUUUAUUCUUCUUCUCCAAAAUUCCAUCUCCGACUCGCACCACCCUUCUCCCAUAGCCGUGUCCAACCCUCGACCAGUCUCCCUUCUUUGCCACUGCGUCGCAACAUGAACUUCCAGUCUCGUUCAUAUCCUUACCCUGUUUCACCCUUCACUCGUACCGUCAUCUCGUGCAUGCGUCAGCUCUACCCUGACUGCCUCGCCGACAAGAGCUUUGACAAUACUGGCCUGCUGGUCGAAGCCCCCCUCUUGCCCACCCACAACUCGCGACCACGCAACACCAACAAGGUCCUCCUGACCAUUGAUCUCACCCGGGCCGUUGCGACCGAAGCCAUUGACCACAAUGUCUCGCUUGUUGUCUCCUACCAUCCCAUCAUCUUCCGCGGCCUCAAGUCCAUCACGACCAAUGACACCCAGCAGUUGACUAUAUCCUUACUUCUGGCCCAUGGCAUUAGCGUCUAUUGCCCCCAUACUGCAGUCGACACUGUCCCCGGAGGCAUGGCUGAUUGGCUGUGUGAUGUUGUCACUGGUCGCGUCGAUGACCCCGAAAGCGAGGCUUUCACUGCCCAGACGCCCUCUGAUACCGAAAUCUCCUCAGACACCGAAGUGACAACUUCAGAUUCCGACCAUGGCUACGACGAGGGCGAUACCCUAUCUGACGCCUCGACCAAACCAACCUCUCACUCGGACGCCGUUUCUGACCCCUAUGUGUCGUCUCCUGGCCCACAGUCUCCCAACACCCCUAAAGCAAAGUCCAUGAGGCCCCAAACCACUCGCCGAACAUACAGUAAGCCCACGUACCCACGACCAACGAGCCACUUUCAUCCCGCCGUCAUCUCGCAUACCCGUAGUGUCGUCAAUCCGUCACCGCAUGAUGCAAUCGAGGCAGCCAACGAGCUGACCCGGUCCACAAAGUACGACUCAUCCAACACAGGCGCCGGUCGACUCAUCUCUUUCGAUGCAGCUCAGUCCUUGACUCUGCUGAUCACGCGAAUUGCCCACGCAAUCGGCCUGCCCAAGGGGUUUUCCAUGGCCAUUCCCCAAGGCGUCAGAAUUGAAGACAUUCAGAUCAAGACCGUCGCAACAUGCCCCGGCUCGGGAGGCAGUGUACUGAGCAAGUGCCGCGCCGAUCUCAUUCUCACAGGAGAAUUGAGCCACCACGAGACCCUAGCUGUCACCGAGCGAGGUGGAUGCGUCAUCUCGUUAUUCCAUAGUAACUCAGAGAGAGGCUAUCUUUGGAGCGUCAUGAGAGAUCAAUUAGAAAGACGAGCACGAAUAGAGUGGACCAAGCUCCAAGGCGAAAACUUGUCGAACCAGAAUCUGAGCGAGCCUGAGAGGGCCAUUCUGUGCAAUCAUCAAUUGGUCGAGGUAUUGGUCAGCGAAUGGGAUCGAGAUCCCUACGGCAUCGUGGUUUUGGAUGACACCCCGGUUCCAGGCGUCAAGCUGGAAUCCGCCUAACCGUGUUGGUCCUUGUCAAAAUCCACCAGAUCUACCAAAUCCUUGGUCCUUGUCCAGUGAUACCCCGGAUGGUGUUCUUGUUCAAUCGUUGGGAUUAGCGCUUGGAAAAGUUGUUCUACUUAGCUCGAAAAUACGAAAACCGGGCAACC